CGAUCGUCUCCGUACACCCCUCUUUGAACCAACACGCCCAACAAAACCCUAAUGAAGGGGGGUAUCAAGACUUGGUAACCACUCAUUAGAAGUAUCUUCAGGAGUACGACCAACAGAACUCCUUGACCGAGUGUUCAGGGCAACACUGUUACAUCGAGCUUUCAGGCAUAAUUCCAAGUGGCUGUUAGAUAGAUACCUUACUCAAGAACACAAGUGAUAUUCUUAUUUCAUUUUCUACGACAUACCCAAAGAGAACUCGUCCUACUUCAGCCGCAAUAUUUAUAUUUCAAGAUGUUUGAAGGCUUCUCCGAAUUCGACAUUGCCGUAUCAAACUCUCCCGAUGUCACAAUCCACGGCAUUAGAUCCGGUAACGGGGAACCUCUCCUCCUCCUCCACGGAUUCCCGCAGACGCACCACAUGUGGCAUCUAGUUGCUCCACAGCUCGCGUCCGCCUUCACCGUGAUCUGCAUAGACCUGCGAGGCUACGGGCGCUCCUCCAAACCGGCGUCUUCCAGCUCCGCCAAGCACGCGCCCUACUCGAAGUCAUCCAUGGCUCGAGAUUGCGUCGCCGUCAUGGCCCAUUUCGGAUUUCAGAGCUUUUCCAUCCUGGCCCACGAUCGCGGCGCGCGCGUCGCGCAUAAGCUAUGUGUUGAUUACCCAGAGCGCGCGCGGAAGCUCAUGAUGCUGGAUAUCUGCCCCACGCUCACCAUGUACGAGGCGACGAAUCAGGACUUCGCGACGGCGUAUUGGCAUUGGUUCUUCCUCGUCCAGCCGGCCCCCUUCCCGGAGACGCUGAUCUUGAAGAAUCGAGAAGUGUUCCGGGAGAAGUUCUUUGGGGGCGCGGGGUAUGCUGGCGGUAAGGAGGAGUAUCAUCCGGAGGCGAUGAGGGAGUAUUUGGCACAGUUGGUGGAUCCAGAGGCGGUGCAUGCUAUGUGUGAGGAUUACCGUGCAGCUGCGACGGUGGAUUUGGAGGAGGCAAGAGAAGAUAGGGAAAAGGGGAGGAAGAUCAAAUGUCCCGUGAGGGUGCUGUGGGGGAAGAAAGCGGUUAUUGAGAGAUGUUUUGAUGCGAUGAAGGAGUGGAGAGCUGUUAGUGAGGGGGCGGUGGAUGGAGAGGCUGUGGAUAGUGGGCAUUAUGUUGCAGAGGAGGUACCGGAUGUGGUGUUGAAGAAUGCGAUGGAGUUUUUUGGUUGAUGAAGGAAUGGUUGUAUUGGACUGGAGAUAGAGUGACGAAACACGAUGGCGAGGACCUCUUGAAGCUCAUCUGCACUGGCAAUAUGAACCUGACGAGGUUUUUGAUACUCAUGGCUGUAGGGAGGAAAAUCUAGCAUCCAAAUAUCUAAG